GCGUAUUCUACCCCGGUUAAAUCUAUUAGAACGAGUUGCUGAUGAUUGGUGGUCGAAAUUUCAGCUGGAUGAAAAUGAUUUCACUGGACUAUGCAAUUAUUUACUGAGAAAUGCAUUUGGUGAACAAAUUUUCUACUGUAUCACAGAAAAGAAUAUAACCAUCCCAUUACAGGUUCGUGAUGUUAGUUUCAGCCAACGAUUUCGUGAAUUAGUGCUUUCUAAUUUAACUAACAAAUGUAUGCUUCAGACCAUUCAAUGUAUGGAAAUGGGUCAGUCAGAUAACGUUUGA